AUGAAAGGUAAAGAAAUUGAACGACAUGCUGCGCAAAUCAGUGAUUACUUAAAGCGGUCUCGAGAGGAUCUGAGCAAAAACUCUUGGAGGAAUUCCAGGAGCACCAACCUCAACAGGAACUUCCUGUUGAGAAGUUCAAGUGGACUUGACAAAAUCUCAGCCUCCUUAAAAAGGCCUCAAGAGUGUCACCAUCAUUAUUCAGCCAUUGAAAGGAACAAUUUAAUGAGGCUUUCUCAGACCAUACCAUUUACACCAAUCCAACUCUUUGCAGGAGAAGAAGUGACUGUCUACAGGCUGGAGGAGAGUUCCCCUCUGAACCUCGAUAAAAGCAUGUCCUCCUGGUCCCAGCAUGGGAGAGCGGCCAUGAUCCAGGUGUUGUCCGAAGAGGAGAUGGGCGGCGGUCUCCGCAAAGCCAUGAAAGUCAUCAGCACCUGGUCUGAGGAUGAUGUUCUCAAGCCAGGGCAGGUUUUCAUUGUGAAGUCCUUUCUUCCUGAGGUUGUACAGACAUGGCAUAAAAUCUUCCAGGAGAGUACCGUGCUCCAUCUUUGCCUCAGGGAAAUUCAACAACAAAGAGCUGCUCAAAAACUGAUCUAUACCUUCAACCAAGUGAAACCACAAACUAUUCCCUACAUGCCAAGGUGAGGAAAUCCUGAUAGCCAGCCCCUUCAUUUUAAGUAGGAAUUCCCAUCAGUCUAUUUUCAGCCUCAUUAAA